AUAAGACCUAACUUCUUUAUCCAACCAAUAUUUUUUUUUUUCCAUUUUCUUUUCCGAAAAAAUAUAUCCUUUGCACUGAGAAUAUUCAGUUCUAUUCUUUCCCCUUUUUUCGUCGUUAUUAUUCUUAAAAUCCUUAAAUCCGACAUAAAUAAACCAUAUUUCUAAUAUAUAAAUAUAAAUAGAAUAUGAAUACAUGUUUCUUCAUUUCUUUCACUCUGUAAAUACUCCCCUUUUGUUCUCUCUUCUGCUCAGAUCUCAGCUUCCAUGGCAAAUUUCCAGUUUUCUCUUUGAAGAACAAAAUAUUUACCUUUUCUGAAACCGAGAACAAUACUGGUAAUCUGUCUUUUCUGAGGUUUUUUGCAAACCCUUUUUUUCAAUUUUAAAUAAUAGAAAAUGCCCACAAGAGUUUUGAACAGUGGUGGGAUUGAAGCAGGUGGAGUUUUUAUAGAGAGAAGGGUUGUGUUUAAAGAUGCUGAGGAAAAUGGGUUAUUUAAAAAUACAGUAAUUCAGAAUAAUUAUAGUUAUUCAGAGUCAUCAUCAUCUAUUGGGAAAAACAGCGAUCUUUCUGAGAAAUCAGAAGAUGGUGAGGAGGUACAGAGUACGUAUAACAAAGGGGCCUUGGACGCUAUGGAUGCUUUAGAGGAAGUCUUGCCAAUUAGACGGGGGAUCUCAAGUUUUUACAAUGGAAAAUCAAAGUCCUUUGCCAGCCUGGCGCACGCAUCAUCAUUCUCAUCCUCCAUAAAGGACAUCGCCAAGCCCGACAAUGUAUAUGCCCGAAAACGUCGAAACCUACUCUCUUGCAGCCUCAACUGGGAAAACAAGAACCGUAAACCAUCUUGUCUUGGAAGUAACUGUGGCGGAAUAUCCAAAAAAACCGCUAGUUCAAGCCGGACAACAUUGGCAUUGGGCGUGGCCAUGAGCGAAAAAGACUCGGAUGUUGGCAAAAGGGGCGGUGGGGGCAAGUUGGGUAUUUCACCAUGGAGAUCAUUCUCCCUGGCGGAUUUGCAGCAUUGCGUCUCGGUUGGAAAAAAUAGUUGUAGCCCGAUUUCAGAAUGUCAACUAGAGUUUGCAGGUUAAUCUAAUCGAUGUUGGUUAAUGCUGUUUUGAAGAUGUUGAACUCUUUUAUCUUUAAGCUGAUAAAAGAUGUUAAAAGUACAUGGAGAUAUUAUGUUUUCUGGCUUUUUCUUAGCUUUUCCUAUUUUGUGCCAUACUUUCCAUUGUUUUACCAUGAAUUUGUUGCAUACUCCAAAUUUAUGGUUAUCCAUAACGUUAAGAGGUAAGAACCUCAGAAUAGUUGAAAUAAAC